AUGGCGUCGGAUCAAACUACUGAUGGGUUUAUCGCUUCACUUCGUCGUUUAGUUGCCCGACGAUGCCGACCGGAAAUUGUCAUGUGCGAUAACGCCAAAUAUUUUGUGGGUGCAAAGAGGGAAUUGGAUCAACUUCGUCUCUUGUUCAAUUCACAAACAUUCACCAACUCCAUCCCACAAGCAGCAGCAAACGAAGGCAUCAAUUUUAAGUUUAUCCCGCCGCGUGCUCCCAACUUUGGCGGCCUGUGGGAAGCAGCGGUGAAGUCUAUGAAAUAUCACCUCAAGCGAACUCUUGGCACAGAUAUCACCACGCCAGACGAGUUCAACACUUUAUUAACGCAGAUUGAAGCAUGCUUGAACAGUCGACCUCUAGUUCCGAUCAGUAACGAUCCAUCUGAUUUGGACGUCCUCACACCAGCUCACUUUCUGAUACACCGACUAAUAGAUAUAUACAAACCAUUUGGAAAAAGUGGUCUACAACAACAAAAUCUUACUGAAGGAAUGGUGCUCGUCAACAACGAUAAUCAGCCACCACUACGAUGGGUUAUGGGACGCAUUAUUGAGGUUCACAUCGGAGGUGAUCGAAAUGUUCGAGUGGUUAAGGUCAAAACCAAGCACGGCCUGUACACUAGAGCUAUUUCGAAAAUUUGUGUCCUGCCAAUUGAGGACAACGAGACGCCAGUCAAGGAUGAACAUAUAGAAAGACAGCAACAGGACAUACAAACCAGUUGA